GGAAUAGGAGACCUUCUUCUUCUUCUUACAGGUUUAUGCCCUAAUUUCUAGUUUCCUUAGGGUUCUUCAUUUGGCAGCAGUGAUCAUCGAUUUCCAUUUUCAAUUUCUCCACAGUCGAGAUGACUCAAGAUGUUGAGAUGAAAGAUCAGCAACCAGCUGCUGCAUCUCUUACAAUUACGUCUGCUGAUUCAUCUUCUAUUCUUCAGCAUUUGAAAGAGAUUGUUGCUUUGAUCGAGGCCGGGGCUUAUGAAAGAGAGGUUCGUCGGAUUGUGCGUGCUGUUCGUCUCACAAUUGCAUUGCGGAAGAAGCUGAAAACUUCUCUUCUAUCUGCGUUCCUCAGUUACGCUGUUGUACCUGGAUCUGAUGUGCAUACCCGCUUGUCUUCUUUUCUUCCCAAGGAAGAUGAGCAAGACAUGGAAGUUGAUACAGCAACAUCGGUACCUCAACCUCCUGCUAAGAAUUUCUUACCCGAGAUUGAGGCUUACUGCGCCUUGAUUGUGUUGAUCUUUUUAAUUGACCAGAAAAAGUACAAUGAGGCCAAAGCAUGUUCCUCAUACAGCAUUGCUCGCCUGAAAAACUUGAAUCGACGAACUGUUGAUGUUCUUGCUUCCCGAUUAUUCUUCUACUACUCUCUCAGCUAUGAGCUUACUGGUGAUCUGGCUGAAAUUCGAGGCAAUCUCCUUUCAUUGCAUCGAAUUGCUACAUUGCGGCAUGAUGAGUUGGGCCAGGAGACCCUUCUCAAUCUGCUUCUCCGCAAUUACCUUCACUACAACCUAUAUGAUAAAGCAGAAAAGCUCAGGUCAAAGGCACCAAGGUUUGAAGCUCAUUCAAAUCAGCAGUUUUGUCGGUAUCUGUUUUAUCUAGGAAAAAUUAGGACUAUUCAGUUGGAGUACACAGAUGCAAAGGAAUCCCUUCUUCAAGCUGCAAGGAAAGCCCCCGUUGCUGCUCUUGGUUUCCGUGUGCAAUGCAAUAAGUGGGCUGUGAUAGUGCGUCUUCUUCUUGGAGAAAUCCCUGAGAGAACUGUGUUUAUGCAGCAAGGAAUGGAACAGUCUUUAAGGCCAUACUUUGAACUCACAAAUGCUGUUAGAAUUGGAGAUUUGGAACUGUUUAAAUCUGUGGCAGAUAAGUUCUCGAGCAUUUUCAGCUCGGAUGGAACCCAAAAUCUAAUAGUGAGAUUGCGACACAAUGUGAUCAGGACUGGAUUGCGCAACAUCAGCAUCUCUUAUUCUCGCAUAUCCCUUGUUGAUGUAGCGAAGAAGCUAAGGUUGGACUCGAAAAAUCCAGUUGCAGAUGCGGAGAGUAUUGUUGCGAAGGCAAUUAGAGACGGGGCCAUAGAUGCUACUCUAGAUCACUCCAAAGGGUGGAUGGUAUCUAAAGACACUGUGGAUAUAUACUCGACUAACGAGCCUCAAGCUGCUUUUAACUCGAGGAUUGCUUUCUGCUUAAAUAUGCAUAAUGAGGCUGUGCGUGCUCUUCGAUUCCCAUCAAACUCUCAUAAGGAGAAAGAGAUUGCGGAGAAGAGGAGGGAGAGACAACAACAGGAACAGGAGCUUGCUAAGCAUAUUGCUGAGGAAGAUGACGAUGAUUUCUGAUGAUUAUUUUGUCGUGUUUUUGUAGUAGCGCAAACUUGCGGUUGACUUUGUUUGUUAUGUUUUUUUGGUGUCAUAGCUACCAUACUCUUUUCUCUAUUUUGCUCUCUUUUUCUAGAACCUUUAUGGGUAUGUUUUUGAAUUGUGAUUUUAAUUGUAUCCAGACAAAUUUAUGUUAAAACAGGCCUUUUUUUUUUAAUUGAGAACUUUAGGGAGGUUUAUUUUA